AUGUGCCGUGCUCUAUGUACACGUAAAUCUAAUGCUUCCUGUAUACAGGUGGAUGAUACUACUUCUGUUAUCCGUCACCAACUAGGAUUGAUGAAAGUGAAAUAUUUGCAAUGCGGAGCACUACAUUGGAUAGAAGAAAAAGCACAUAAUGAACAACAGUAUUUAAUUCCCUCUGUUUUAGAAAUUGCUGUUCUUAUGGUAGAAGAUGAUUUGGAUUGGCAUUCUUAUAUUCUUACAAAUAACAUGGUUCAUAGAGUAAAUAAUAAUUCAAAUACAGAUGAUCAUUAUGUUAUGAUGAUACAGUACUAUGCUUAUCGUCUGCAG